UUUUAAUGUCAUUCUCCACUGUUCAGACACGAAUAAAAGCCGUCGUCGCCGCAAAUUUUUUGCAAUGCUAGAAAAUAAUUAAAAAAUUAAAAGUACUAUUCCAAUUGUCAAAAGGUGGAGUGCGUGCAGUCAGAGAAGCAUAAUUUUGCCUCUAGGUCAAACGUACAGUAAGCGUUUGCGAACGACAACAAGGGACACAGAAAUUCUGCCGGCAGACGCAGACGCUUUCUUUCCUGCAAGAGCGAAAAAAAAAAAAAUAAAAAAUUGUGCAGCGUUUAAUUGUGAGUGUGUGCUAAUCUGUUUUGAGCCAUGUCGAGCUUGGAAAUUUACGACUCGUCCAAUUCGCAACUGAGCAGUGAUGAAUAUAGUCACGACGAAGACGAUGAUGGAUUAAUGGAUAUGGCUGUGAGCAAACAACAAUCGCAACCCGCCAAGUCGGCCAACAAAUCGAACGACACUUCGCCGACCAAAACAGACAGCACCGCCUCCACCACGCCACGUAAACUGUCUGAGGACUUGGAUGCCAUUGCCGUCGCCAGAAAGCCGCCAGCUAGUCGAGAGCACACACAGCGUCAAAUCAAGCAAAUGCAGCGGGAUAAUCGGGCUAAUUUGUAUUUCAAGCGGCGCAGCAUAAAAUGGUUGAAUCAACGCUUGAACAAUAAAACUGACUACAUGAGUCAGUUGAAGCGGGCGUUGCCCAAGCAUCAGGCGCAGGCCAAGCGCAUGGCCGAUUACCGUGCAGCCAAGCAAGCCAUCGAACGGGAGCAGCAAGAGCGCCAAUUGCACCAGAAGCAGCUGCAACAGCAGCAGCGUAGAGAACGCACUCCUAGUCGCAGUCGCAGUCGCAGUCGUACAGGCAGCCUGUCGCCGGAGCUGAUAUGCCUGGAUGAUGAUGACACUCCAGAGAAACCCAACGAUAUUCCAGCUGUAAACUUGCACCAGCAGCAGCAGCAGCAGAAAAUCGACUGCAAGGACACCACCGCCGCCGUUUGCCUUACAGCUGGAAAUCAAAUCAGAAGCAGAGGCUACUCCUGCUCUGAGCCUGUCAUCGAAGCAGCAGCAGGUUGUAAUAACAGCGAACAGCAGCCGCCGCUGCAAGAGUUGCAGGAGUUGGUUGUACCAGCUGCAAAGGCCGAAGUUAGCUUGGACAUGGUUGUGCAGGAGGCCACACUAAAACGUCGUCGCUCACCUACACCACCGACGGCUGUGGAUCCACAUGCUGAGAAGCGCACCAAAUCUUUGACAACUGUAGAUUUGGAUGAUGAAAUUAUAGAACUAACACCUUAUGCAGAGCCUGCAAAGCAGCCAAUACCAACACCAACACCAACCCCGAUAGCAACACCACUAACACUACAACAAGCUAUGCCAGCACCACCGACGACUCCGCAGCAUAAGCCAGUCAUUAGAUCCAAUGCUGACCCCUUGAACGUAUUCAAAGUAGGCUCACCCUAUUCUCUGUCUCCGUCUAGUGGUAUGGAAUACUAUGUUCAGAAGAAGGUGCUCUGCCAGCAGCAUCUGGAGCAAACACAGCCAGAGAAUCUGGCUGCGGUGUCGCUUAGCCUGGAGACACCUUCGCCGUCCAUUGAACCGAUGAACAUAGCCUAUCCUAAUCAAAAGCAACUGGAUGUGCCGAAUAUACAAACAACGACAAACGUCACAUGGUACGCCCUACACAGCUCAGCAGCCGGCUGCGCAGGUACUGCAACAGCCUCCGCAGGUACUGCAGCAGCCUCCACAGGCACAGCAGCUGCCUCCACAGUCGCAACAACAGCUGCUACAGCAGCCACAGCAGUUCCAGCAGCAACAGCAGGAGCAACAGGCUCCGCAGCAACAGCCCCGCAACAGCAACAGCAACAACAACAACCACCCACAUCAUCACCACGUACCAAGCAACGCGAUGGUGAAAGUAAGCAAACGCAAACUAAUCAGGCUACAGCCACUUCCAAUAAUUCACCAGUCGAUCUGGACAAUAGCAAUAGCGAUGCGGUCUUUCAUCAGCGCAUCAAGGAUCUGUACACGGAGCUGGACGACAUUAUGUCGGAUAAGGUGCGAGCUGUUAAACCAGAACUCAAGUCCUAUGGCGAGGAGAAAAUGCGCAUUGAAGCGGAUCUCAAGACGUUGGAUAAUUUGAUAGCCCAGAAGGAAGAGGAACACAAUCGUCUACUACAUUUGCGCACCGUCAAGGAGGAGUUGCUGGCGCGCAUCGAACGCAAGGAGCGCAUACUUAUAUUGAAGGAGAUUCUGCCCUCCAUACUAAACAAGAAUUGCAGCACCUCGGAGCUAUACGAAAUGCAUACGCUGCUGAUAAAUGAACAAAACUCGCCAAUGCCAUCGAGAUAUGGCCGCAACUCAAUGCAGCAGUUGAUUGACAGAGUCGAAAAUGGACUGGAUGAGAUAAAGAUAUUGCGCAGUGUCUUGGCUAUGCAGAGCAAGGCUCCUCGGGUGGCUGAGGUCCCCAUGCCGCCACCUCCACCUCAACAUUAUGAGACGCCGUCGCUGCACAGACGUGACUCAGUGCCAGCUAUGCGUUCAUCCUUGCUAGCCAAUCGCACAUCAACCUUUGCCCGAGGAACUAGCAUGCAGGAGAACGAACAGCUUCAGGAGCUGAGCAAGCGCAAUAAGCCCCCUUCUCGUUAUCAGCAGCUGAUCAAUGAGUCCAGACAGCUGACUGGUUCUACAGCCGAUCUCGCUGCCACCUCCACAUAUCGCCAAAACGAAUCCAUAGACACUCUGCCACGCAGCCAGCUGGAUAACAAUCAUAUUGAUGAGCUGCCCCUCAAUCCGUUGUACAACAGCAGCCCACUGGCUGCUAGCCAGGGGCGCAAAAACAGCAAUACAAAUACACAAUUGAACGAUCUACAUUCCAUGCACCGCGCGGGUAUGCUGCAGAGUCUCGAUUCGCUGGAUCGUGCCGUGAACCAAACCAAUCGCAAUACCAUAAACAAUCAUAGCAAUCGCUUGAGCUCUUCUACGAAUGGGCCGGACUUAGAAGCGGAGCGUCGUUGCCAAUUCUGUCUACGCUAUAAGGCCACCUACAUGUGCGCCGCCUGCCAGAAUCAAUGGUACUGCAGUCGUGAGUGCCAGGUGCGCGCCUGGGACACACAUUGGGAGUCGUGCCCCAAUUAGGAUAUACUCGCUGUAUCAGCAUUACUACUACAAUUAAAUACAUACAUACAUAUACAUAUGUGUAUGUACAUAUAUAUAUAUGCAUAGUAAACACCUAAAUGCAAGCCCCCACUAUUUCAUACAUUUAUAUCAAACACUCAUUCGUAAUCGUAAAGUUUCGCUAUCGGAAUUUAUAAUUGCAAUGCAUUAAAACUAAAAAACGUACACGUAAUUAACACACACACACACACACACACAUAUUCCAUUCAUAUUCAAGUGUCGACAAUUACAAUAGCUCAAUAUUCGCAAACACCAUUAAAAAAUUAAAUAACAAAAAUAUAUAUAAACAUGCUAUACUCA